AUGAACCGCGAUCGAGAAAUGAAGAAAUUCGAGGAAAUCUACUUUCCGAAGAAAACGCACGAAUUACGAGAUCGCCGUAAAUCUUUUCAAGUUUUCGAGGGCAGCAUUGGCGAAAGAACAUCGUUCUAUCGAUCUAUCGUUGACUGGCUACCUAAUUCGGCCGUAUUAGAUCGGACAACUAUCUGGCAAGAAACAAGAAGAAAAGGCGGGACGUACUUACAUUCUUUGUGGCUGGCAACAAUGGGAAACAAGCCGAGCUACUUCCUUCCUGGUCUUAUCGGGCUCUUUGCCCGUUCAAAACAGACCUCGACCUACGGAAUCACUGCACGCUCCACGAUUCCUGGAUUGAUCGAUCUCGACCUGAAACUGGUUUGCUACGGCCGAAAUUAUUCUCCGGAUUGCCGAUCAUUGUUCGAUCGUCGAUAUUCCCUUGGCGCUAUGAACACGUCGAUUAUCAUAAAAUAUAGCCGGAAGGAUUAA